CAGUCGAUAGCGGGCCGCUGUGUGUGGUGGCGGGGCGGGGCGAGGCGCUCCUGGCGGGGUUGGACUGGGCAGACAGGCGGACGGGCGUGGUGAAGCGGGGCGGGGCGCGGCGCUGGCGGUGCUGCCGUCUCAGGGGUGGCGUGGAGGACACCAGGCCGUCGCGACGCCCACUCGCCGCGUCGUUGAUUCACUCGAGCGCGUCGCGGCUCCAGUUUCACGUCCAGGCUGGCUGGCGCCGUGUGACACGCGCCCCUUCUCGGCGCCCUCGUCGCCAAGGACCUCGAGAGACCAUUACUCUGCGUUUUGCGCCUUCCUUCGGGGUCGCGUGCGGAGUUGGAACCUGGAGGGAUGCGUCCCAGCUGACUACCACGGCCUUGUGUGCCCCGCGCACCCGCCACGCGCUAGCUGCCCUCGCUGCUGCAGCUCCGCGGACCGCAUGCUCUCGGCUCCGACCUGAAGCGUCCCGCGAGCGUGUCCACCAUGUCCGGCCCCGUGUCCGCGGGCAGUCCUGGUCCCGACGGGGGCUGUCUGUCCAGCUCGAGCACGCCGUCGAACCCGCCGACGCCCCUUCAGUCGCCUCUGGGCCCGGGCCCGCAGUGCGGGGGCGGCGCGGCGGGCGGUCCGAGGGGCUCGGUGGCGUCGAUGUCGUCCACCACGUCCUCGUCGACCCAGUCCUCCACGGCGUGCUCCAACAUCCCCGGCUCGCCGUCAAUGUAUGGGCGCAUCCGGUCGUGGAUCCUCGCCGAUACCAGCGACCAGCCCGAGACCUGUCGCGGGGAGCCCGUCACCAGAAAGGUCGAGAAUGUGCGCAUGCUUGACCGGUACAACAUCAGGAAGCCCUCUCUGGGAAACCUGUUCCUCACCACGACGCAUCUCAUGUUUUUCGACUCGGAGAACAAGAAGGAGACAUGGAUUUUGCACAUGCACAUUGGAAGUGUUGAGAAACUUCCACUAUCGACCGCUGGAUCCCCCCUACAACUAAGAUGCAAGACAUUCCGCUCUGUAACAUUUGUUCUACCCAGAGAAAGAGAUUGUCAUGAAAUUUUCACAGCUCUGCAACAGCUCAGUCAACCAGUUCAUAUGGAAGAUCUUUAUUGCUUCAAUUACUUGUCAAGUUCAGAAACAAUGCCAAAGUCAACUGGCUGGGACACAUUUGAUAUGCAAUUGGAAUUUAAAAGAAUAAAUGUACCAAAUGACCAAUGGAGCCUCACCCUCCUUAACAAAGAAUAUGAUCUCUGUGACACCUAUCCCCGCAAUUUAUAUGUACCCCAAUCUGCGUCAAGCAAUAUUCUUCUAGGUAGCUCCCAAUUUCGUAGUAAGGGACGUCUACCAGUGCUGACAUACCUCAACCACAACAAAGCUGCUCUUUGUCGCUGUAGUCAACCUUUAUCUGGAUUUAGUGCUCGCUGUUUGGAAGAUGAGCAGAUGCUGAAUUGUAUUUUGCGUACCAAUCCUAACUCAUCUUAUAUGUAUGUAGUAGACACUAGACCAAGGAUAAAUGCUAUGGCAAAUAAAGCUGCUGGGAAAGGCUAUGAAAAUGAAAACUUUUAUGAAAACAUAAAAUUUUAUUUUCUGGGAAUUGAAAACAUUCAUGUAAUGAGGGCUAGUCAGUCAAAACUUUUAGAAACUUGUGAACUGAAAUCACCAUCAAUGAACAAUUUUUUAAGUGGCUUGGAGUCCAGUGGUUGGCUGAAGCAUAUCAAGUCAAUCAUGGAUACAUCUUGGUUUAUUGCUCGAGCCCUUGACGAUGGAGUGAGUGUCGUUGUUCAUUGUUCUGAUGGUUGGGACCGAACAGCUCAAGUAUGCUCUCUAUCUUCAUUGAUGUUAGAUCCAUACUACCGUACUAUCAAGGGCUAUCAGGCUCUUAUUGAGAAGGAUUGGUUAGCUUUUGGGCACAAGUUCAGUGAAAGGAUUGGUCAUGUGGCUGGUGAUCCCAAAGAGAUAUCUCCUGUUUUUACUCAGUUCAUUGAUUGCACCUGGCAACUCAUGUGCCAGCAGCCUGCCGCAUUUGAAUUCAAUGAACAGUUUCUCUUCACACUCCAUGACAAUGUAUCAUCGUGUCAGUAUGGCACAUUCAUUGGAAAUUGUGAAAAGGACCGGAUAGACCUGCGUUUGAGUGAGCGUACAUUUUCCCUCUGGAAUUACAUGACUAAUCAUCAAAAUGAGUACAUAAAUCCUUUGUACUCACCUGAAUCAUGUUCAAGAGUUCUCAUUCCUAACCUUGCUCCUCAAACCAUAAGAUUUUGGCGUGACAUGUAUUGUCGGUUUGAAAAUGAUGUUCAUCCACGUGAACCUCUGGGAGAUUUAUUGCUUGCUACAUGUGACCAUAGUAGCUCAUUGGAGGAUCACAUCAAACUUCUACAGAAGAGAAUAACUGCAUUGAAGCAGCAACUUGCUGAUGAUGGUGCAGAGAAAAGGAAAUCUUUUGUAUCUCCUGACACUGUAGUUGAUAACAAAUAUCUUUAUGAACAGGAGGUAGAAAUCAAAGAAGAUGUUAAAUCUCCAAAUUAUGAAGGCAAAGAUUUGGUGAAGGUUACGUCUCAUCCCCUAAGUGCAUCAUAUGAAAAUGGACUUAAUAACUUGGCUAGUGCGGAUCAGCUUUCUGAGGAAGUAAAGUCAGUUGCCCUUGAUUGGAAAACAUUGAGGAAUAUUGAAGAAUGUUCAUGUUCCACUCCGUUUGAUCACUUCAGUCGGAAGUAUCAUUGCUGGAAAUGUGGAGAUGUAUUCUGCACAAGGUGUAUAGAUAAGAAUGCAGCCCUCCCUGGACACUUAAGUCAGAGGGAAGUUCCAGUAUGUCGACCUUGCUAUAGAGAAGUUCUACGCUCCAAUUCUGUUGAAUCUCCAUAAAAUCUUUAAACUUGACUUGUGAAGCCCUGAAUUUAGUUCACUGUCAGUUUUAUAUUGCUUUAAAGUUAAUGCUGUAAGUCACAAUUAUAGCUUAUUAAGGGUCAAUUAUUACUUGUUGAUUUCUAAGCAAUUUAAAUUGAAUGUCUUCAACUUAUAAUGCCUAUUGUUUGUGUUUUAAAAUUUUUCUUUAGACAGUGUAAAAAUAUGUAUUUGUCCAUUUCAUUCCAAAUUAUUCGGGCAUGACAACCUUUGGUCGAAGAUUGGCUCUCUAGGUUGGUAAUCUGUGAUAGUGCCUUUGUGAUAGUUGAAGGUGUUUGUAAAUUUGUGAAUUUCUUAGUAGUCCAGGAAUUCUUUUAUUUUUUUCUGUCACUUUUACAAGUUCAGUGUAGAUUGGGCAUUCUGAACAGUAUUACAUUAUAGUUCAAUCAAAGAUUUUAAAUACUAUACUACCGAUUUAUGUAAAAUUAAGACAAAUGACAUCUGACAUUUAACUUCCAAAGCUAGAACAGGUACAUUGUAAUGUACAUGUAAAAGACAAUGUGACUGACAAUAAGAAGUAUUGUUCUGCUUCAUUGCGGUCCAAGUUACACUAACAUGCUUUAUGCAUCAGGACACACAAAUUUUUGUCUGUGUUAGCAUGCUUUCAUAUAUGAAAACUAAGUCAUCUUAUUACCUAACAGUUUGAAAAAUUAUGUUGAUUGAAAUAGGUAGGUUCAUCUGAGGCCAACCAAACUGGAAUGUAGUUUUUGAACACCGUCCAUGAGUUAUGUUAUGAGUUACCCAUCAGACAGGUAGGCACUCUGCUCUGAAAUGUUAAAUUCAUAGACUUUGCAUUUUUUAUAUGUUGUUUCUCCUUGUAUUUAAAUUUGUAUAUAUUUAUGAUUUUAAUUUUAAUUUUAUCUAUGUGAGUCCACAAUCCAAAAUAACUGCAAAGUUACGAGAAAGAUUUUAUGUGAUUGAUUGCAAUGUCAUGUCACUUUCCUUUAACUUCAAUAUUGCAUUUUCCUAAGCCUGCCCUUUCUGGCAGUGGUACUUAUCUAGGUAAAGAAUAUUGUGGAAAUUAUAAACAAGAGGAAAUAUUGGUUUACUUUUGUUUAGCCUUUAUUGUACCAAGUUUCACAAUAUCUACACAAACCAGAUAAAGUAUAAUAGCUACCUUUUGUCCAAAUAUUGAUCAAUUAUAAGAUAUAAAUGUGUUGUAGUGCAUAAGAAAAACCUAGUCCUAGAGUGCUGCUGGCAGUGCAAGCGUUAUUGUGUAAUUUUGUUAAACGAAUUGAUUGAAUCCCUCCAAAUUAUUCCUUUGCAUUGCGUCUUAGACAUCCCAGCUGAUGCCAAUUCUGUGACGUUCAAGGGGUGAAAAUUUCCCAGUGCGUAGUGGACCCCGCACAAGGAUGAUAUGAUAAGGAAUCACAGUUAUGAACUACCUGUGUAUUACCUGUACUGUUCAUUGUUGCAAUAAAAUGUUAGACGCUAUUUAAUAUUUGA